CAAGCAAGGAAGCUAGGUCAAUAGCAAUCAGUUGUGUAAAAGUCUAGAGUUACAGGCAGAAAUACCAAACAAUCCGACUGUCUCCAACCUUUGGUCUGACUGCAUGGUUAACAGGACGGAGGGGAGAUGGCUGCUGACUGUUUGUAUUAUAUAUUCAUGUCUCUGACCUGAUAAAGACUUCAGCUGCUGCUUGUUUACCACCCGAGAUCCUCCACAGCUGACUGGCCUCUGUACAUUCAGUCCAGAGCAGCAGAACAAGAGGAGUCCCCAUAAUCAGUUGCAGUAACAGUAUUGUUACUUUACUGCUCGGAUACUUCUCUCUGCGUCUUCGCCUCAAGAUGUUCCUGGUGGGGCUGACGGGAGGCAUAGCCUCGGGGAAAAGCGCAGUGUCUUCAAUGCUGCGGGAGCUCGGCUGCCCAAUUAUUGAUGCAGAUGUUGUGGCCAGGAAAGUUGUGGAGCAGCACACUCCGGCCUAUUCUCGCAUCGUCUAUCACUUCGGGCCAGAGAUCCUUCUCGAGAACGGAGAGAUCGACAGGCAGAAGCUGGGUCAGCUCAUCUUCGCCGACGAGGAAAAGAGGAAGCUGCUGAACUCCAUCACCCACCCAGAGAUCCACAAAGCGAUGCUCAAAGAGAUCCUGCUCUACUUUCUCAGAGGUUACCGCUAUGUGGUGCUGGAUGUGCCCCUCCUCUUUGAAACCAGACGUCUCACUCAGUUUCUAAACCACACUGUUGUAGUUUACUGUGACCCUGCCACUCAGCUCUCGCGUCUGAUGCAGAGGGACGGCCUGACCCAGGAGCAGGCCGAGCAGCGUGUUGCCGCACAGAUGCCGCUAAACGAGAAGCGCGGCAUGGCCAAUCACGUCAUCGAGAACUCCGGCAGCCGAGAGGACACCCACAGGCAGGUCCUGCGAUUGCACACAAAGCUGGAGGACUCCAUGGACUUCCUCUUAGUGAGGGUCAUCGCUAUCGCCGCCACUACUAGUCUGGGUGGGAUCCUGCUGUAUGCAGCCAAGAUACUCUUGUCCUAGCAGCAGAGAUGAAGGGGAGGAAAGAGUUUGGACCAGGAUCCGGUCAGAGAGGAGUGUGAAUAUAGAAGCAGGCGAAGUCACGUCGGGGGGUCCCGGUGCAAUUUACUGUGAGAUUAGUUUUCACAGCACCCACCACUACGGUUCAGUGGUGUGACAUGCUUUGUUUGCAGUUAACACUGACUUACAUUAUUGACACAAAAUGCACUGACAAAAGGGGUUUAGUGUGAAGGGGGAUGAACGUGCAAUUUCAGUUGGUUUGGCUCAGAGACAUUAUAAACAUAAAGGUGACAACUAAGAGUCUCAGUUGCUGUGAAAGCCACAAGAUGAAGAUCACAGUUUGGGGCCUAUAAACUUGUUAGACUUUUUUAUUUUGGUGCAGCAGUCGACACAGAAUUAACUUCAGUAAAAAAGAAAAGUCAAAAAUGAUAAUUGUAGAAACUAAGAUUGUUUUUUGUUGCACCUUUUAUCCCCUGUGAAGAUCUCCAAAUGAAACAUUUUGGGUGAUAAAAAACAUGAGCCGUAGAAAGAGCAAAGGAAGAAGUAAACAACUCCACAUUCUUAACAAGUAUAGAAGUGUGGAAGUCACUGUGGUUUCUGUACUUUUCAUUUGUUUGCAAUUUUAAGUACAAAAUGCCAGUGCUUUCUCCAGUGAUAAAUACUUUUUUAAUUAGUUUCAUUACUCAUCAUAGAGAGAAAAAAAAGCCCAAUAUUAAUGAUCUGAUGCCUACAGAAUAUGUUAUGAUUGUUUGCUAAUGACCUGUAUAAUGAGGAUAUGUGAAAGAAUGUAUUUGACAAUCCAUUUUUAAUGGGAACAGAACUAACAGACUUAAUAUAUAUAUAUAUCACUGUAUUUUCUUACACUUAAAGCUGCCCUCUGUAAAUAUUAAGUCUGUGAUUUUGUUUUUCUGUGCACACUCUCUUGUAACAAAAACACAACAUUUGAAACAUUAGCUGCUUAACUGAAAUAAAAUGAUCCAAUAAUACUGU